GCGGUGGGCCCCGCCAUGCCCCGGUAUUAUGAGGACAAACCGGAGGGCGGCGCGUGCGCGGGCGUGAAGGAGGAUCUGGGUGCAUGUCUGCUGCAAUCGGCCUGUGUGCUCCAGGAAGGAAAGUCCCCUCGGCAGUGUUUGAAGGAAGGCUACUGCAAAGCUUUGCAGUAUUCCUUUUUUGAGUGUAAAAGAUCAAUGUUGGAUACCAGAUCAAGAUUCAGAGGAAGAAAAGGAUAUUGAUAACAUUAUGCUGAACGUAAGAUGAAAAUUGCCCAGGAUUUUCUCUGGUCCUUUAACAGAAAAGAACCACAGGGAAGCACAGUAGCUGCCACAUCUGUUCGUGUUCCUCUCAAGGACACCAGGGAAAAUGUAUCAGUGCUGUUUCUGAAUGAUUCUGCUGGUUGAAGUCAUCUAUAGAAGAUCCACAGGCCUGAAGGACCAUGGCCUGAGAACUUAGUGUGUUUUGGGAAUUGUCUAAUGGAGAGAUUAUAUUCAAGGAUGACUCUUGGAUCAGAUCACACAGCAUGUGCAUCCACGAGGCCACAGGAGAUCACACAGACACUAACACCGAGCCUGUUGUCAGCCUCCUCCAGCUCUUGUUUCUGUUUUUUAGUAUCAGUUUUAGGCUUGUCAUCUCCUCAUAAAGGGGUGAUAUUAGCCAGUCCCCAUCCUCAAGAUCCAGGCUCCAAAAGGAGAGUCUGAGCUGGUCCACAACACACCCUGCUGAAGGACUCUGGUCUCGUCUGGGUCACAGGCUUCUGCUCCAUCCUUGGUGAUCUUGACUAGGUCCUGGUCGCAUGUACUGUGCCGACACCAUUCACAGUCAUGUAGGAUGAGUUCUGGGCUUUAUCCCUAAACACUGGAAUUUGUAGCAAAUGGGAAGAACAGAUGUUCACUCUAGAUAGCAAAUGUCAGUGGCAUGAAGUGGCUGGGAAAGUUUAGAAUCCGCAUCAUUUUAUUUUGACCACUUAACACAUAGAGAGCCAUGAGGGCACUAAAUCUUCAGUGUGAUUCUUGCCAUAGCUACUAUGUUGUUCCAUAGUUCACUGGGGCUAAAGCAGUCAAGGCUUGGGAAGUUCACUUUCUCUUUUAAAAGUUUUGAAGCUGUGUGGCUCUCCUAGGAUGUCAUUGGGGUCUGCUCUGUGUACUGCCCCCAUUGGGAGUAGGGGGUACUGCACCCUUGUGCUCUGUGUCCUGCCUCCACUGGGAGUGGGAGGUACUACACCCUUCAGUCCUGCUACCUAUGUCCCAAGCUUGGUGUCUGUGCAGGGUGGAGAGCGCCUUUUGCAUGCUAGGAAGCUCGACCACUGAACCACACCUCCCACUAGUGCUUCAGUUUCACCCGAGAGUAAAAUGUGUUUGUACAACAUGCCUCCACUUGACUAGCUACAGCUUUGUUUGAAGGAGGUCGCAUGUCUCACAAUUGAGUCUUGGAUUAUACAGUCCCAUGGGUUUUAGAGCGUUUGUGGAGCAUGCAGCAGUCACCACAAUCUACUUCCAGAACAGUCUCAUCCUUUCCAGAAAGUACACUUGCCAGCACUCUGCCCUCCUUCCCUCUAUCCCAGGUCUGUUAGACAAGUGGAACUGUAUAGUCCGCUCUUUUCUGAGUCCUGUUACCAAGUUUUACAGGUUUAUUCUCAUGUAACUUCAGUCUGUAAUGUAGUUCUGCUGAGUAGCGUUCCAUAGUAGCGUGUGUUUCUCCAUCGAACAGAGGAGCUCUGAGCUGUUUCCACUUUGGGGUUUUUGAAUAAUGCUAUGAAAAUCUGUGAAAAACUUGAAAACGUUUCAUGUAAUACGUGCCUUAGAGUGGAACUCCGGGGUCGCAUUAUGGCAGCCUCGGUUAUAUUUCCCACAGUGGUUUAGCACCAUUUCGUGCUAUCCCUGGACCUAGGCUCCAGUGCCCCUCUCCACUGCUCAUAUUGCCGACAGAUGUUCUGCUUGGGACGAAGAGGCAUCUACUCGGGACUUUAGUUUGCAUUUCUCUAGUGUCUAAUAACCUGAGCAGUUUUUCAUGCAUUCAUUGGCUUUCUAUGCUGCCUUUGCAUAUGUUUAGUCUACAGUCUGGCUUUCAAUUGGGUGAUUUUUUUAUUUUCCUGUAAGAUUUUUUAUUUAUUGCUGACUCAAGUCUCUUAAAGAUGAAUUGGCAUUCUUUCCUCACUUAUCAUUUGUCCUUUUCAAUCUCUUGAUGCUCUCUGAAACACAGUUUUUAUUUUUUAUACAUUGCUUUUAUGUGUCUUAGCCCAGGCUAGCCAGGAAUCCCCAAAGCCUUGAACACGGACAGAGCGGGCACUUUCAACACUGCACUUCCCUGGAAGCACACACCACUGCUCUCGGCUACCACAGUUUUCAUAUUGGAAAAUGACAAUGUCCUAACCCAAACUUACAGAAGCUUAUGCCUUCAUUGAAGAAUUUUUAAAUUUUACCUCUUACCUGUAGGCCUGUGCUCUCAAAAUAAUUUUACACACCUUUAUUCAUGACCAUAUAUAAAAUUAAAUAGAAAUAAUAAAGCUUAGUACAGAUAGGUAUGUAGCUCUGUAUCUUAUCAUGCUGAGCACAUUUCACAGUGCAGUGCAGUCGGCCUGCGGCACCGGUCUGCAUCCACCUCAGGAAAUGCACAGCGUGCCCAUCUAGUGACUCCCAGCUACUGCUGGGCCGCCCUGCCCACUGUUGGCAUACUCUCUCCUCAUGGUAACCACCACCCUUCUCUUUCUGGUUUCUGAUUUUUGAGUACUCUUAAGUGCCUGGUGUGUGUGUGGGUGUGUGUGUGUGUGUGUGUGAGAGAGAGAGAGAGAGAGAGAGAGAUACAAUGAAGGUUCAUAUUAUGUAUUUCCUUCCUUUGUAAGGACAAAUAGUAUUUUAGUGUAUGUGUCUUGUAUGUAUUUUGUAUGUAUCUUGUUACCUACUCAUCCAGCCGUGGGUACCUCGGUUGUUCCCACCCUGGAGCUCCUGACUAUGCUGUGAACAUGUAUAUACAAAUAUCCCUAGGACCCUGCUUUUAGUCUUUGUGUGCACGCAGCAGACUGUAUGUCAUAGGGUAAUUCUGUUUUUAUUAGUAGGCACUGUCAUAGUUUCCAUAGCAGCCACACUAUUUUAUGUUCUGUCAGCAGUGCAGAGAGAUUAGAACUGCCUAUAUCCUUGUGAAUCUUAAGCUUUUUUUAGUGGCCAUUCUAGUAGGCGUUAAGUCUACCAGCGCUUCUGCUUCCUAUUUCCCUGACUACUGAUGUCACGUGUUCUAUAUGCUUGGUGGCCUUCUUUACAUAUAGUUUGAAGAAGUCAUUUUAGGUCUUCUGCCCAUUAAUAGUUGGGUUGUUGGCUCUGGUUGAAUUUUUGGUAGUCAUAUCUACAAAAGCAUUAACCCACCCAAGGGAGUGAACUAUAGCUUGCCCGGGGGGUUUUAGUUUUAGCUCUCAGCUUUAUUACUCUUUAAUGUAUUUUGAGUUAAUCUUUGUGUGAGAUGUAAACUCUGACUUGCUACUCCUGACAUGUGGAUGUCUAGCCUUGCACAUGCCCUUUAGUGGAAGAGCAUUGCCAUGCAUGGUGGGCUGGUUCUGAGCCUCCCGUGGCCUCUGACUGCCUCUUCCUGCCAACGCCACUGCUUUGAUUACUGGAGAAUUAUAAUAAAAAUUUGAAAUCAGAAACUGCUCUAAAAUAAAAAUUUGAAAUCAGAAAGCA